GAAGACGGGAAAAUGAAGCCAUACUGAUUGUAAUGGGAGAAGCAGCUGAACAACUCUUUGGCAUUACCUGUCCAGAAUUACUAAACAAACAACAAGAACCUACAAGACAAGCAUUGCCAAAGGAGAUUGAAAAUACAAUCGGCCAACAAUACCUCUUCGAGAUUCAACCAAAAUCUCAUGGUGAACUGAUUGUGAAAUCUAUUUCUCCAGAUCCAGAAAGUUUUGUAGCAGCAUCAGAACAACAUCCAACAACCGCAACACCCGAUCAUACUAGCACAGAAAGAAAAAGAACAGUGGAAACAAGUAAGAAAGCACUCUUCACCACUGAACAAGAGAAAAAAACCAAAAGGCAAUCCCGGCAUCAAGGAACUACAUCAUCAUCCCUUCAAAGCGAGCAACAUGAAUCACAAACAAGUCGCUGAAUAAGAAUCCGAUCUCUCUGUGU